UGGGGAUUGCUGUUCAAAUUUUAAUUCUAUUUUUUGUCGAUGGCGGCUACCUUCUUCCGAUUUUCCCAAGAAAUUCGGAAACUUUGAGGAAAUCUCAAUGGUGGCUCUGCGUGUAGCUCUAUGUUACAUGUCAAUGGAAUUAGGCAUUAACGUAAAUAAAGUCAGAUAAAGUUGUGGGCGUAAUCUCAUUUCUUUGAUCUCUCUGAUUCAGAGAAUAUUUUUUUGAAGGGUUGGAUAACUGGAUGAUCUUAUCUGCUGCUACAAAUUAAUUGGGUUGGUUUGAGAAAUGGCUUCUGCUUCUUUGAUCUAUGCUGUUAAUUUUAUCAACCCUCCAAAAUGUAUUUUGCAUUCAAAAAGGGAUUAUUUUUCUUUCAAUAUGAGUUAUACUUGUACAAAAUCCAAAACCUCACAAAGACAGAUGAGAAAUAAGCAAUCAAGAAUGGCUACAAUUGCUGCUGGAAAUCAAGAAAUGGACUUCACUGAUCCCUGUUGGAAGACCAAAUUUCAAGAGGAUUUUGAAUUGAGAUUUAAUUUACCUCACCUUAAGGAUGUAUUGCCCAUAAAGCCAAGGCCUACAACGUUUUCCCUGAAAAAUAGAAAUGCUCGAGUAGUGAAUGGUGCCAAUGUGCUUGAGGAUCGGAAAAAUGGUUAUGUUAAUGAGGAUGAUAGAGCACUUCUAAAGGUUAUCAGAUAUUCUUCACCAACUUCUGCUGGAGCUGAGUGCAUUGAUCCUGAUUGCAGCUGGGUAGAGCAAUGGGUACGUCGUGCUGGGCCACGUGAGGAGAUAUUCUUUGAGCCUGGGGAAGUGAAAGCUGGAAUUGUUACCUGUGGAGGGCUCUGUCCUGGUCUCAAUGAUGUCAUUAGACAGAUUGUUUUCACUCUGGAACUCUAUGGGGUUAAGAAGAUUGUUGGAAUCCAGUAUGGUUAUCGUGGACUUUUUGAUCGGGGCUUAGCUGAAAUAGAGCUUUUCCGUGAAGUGGUUCAAAACAUUAAUCUUGCCGGUGGAAGUCUGCUUGGAGUUUCCCGUGGAGGUGCUGAUAUCAGUGAGAUUGUAGAUAGCAUACAGGCCAGGGGAAUUGAUAUGAUUUUCAUACUUGGGGGCAAUGGUACACAUGCAGGAGCAAAUGCAAUACACAAUGAGUGCCACAGGAGGAAGAUGAAAGUAUCGGUUAUAUGUGUUCCAAAAACAAUUGAUAAUGAUAUUCUCUUGAUGGAUAAAACCUUUGGAUUUGAUACUGCUGUAGAAGAAGCUCAAAGGGCUAUUAAUUCUGCAUAUAUUGAGGCUCGUAGUGCAUAUCAUGGCAUCGGGCUUGUAAAACUGAUGGGAAGAAGCAGCGGCUUUAUAGCAAUGCACGCUUCACUUUCAAGUGGUCAGAUUGAUAUCUGUUUGAUUCCAGAGGUACCAUUUCAAAUUGAGGGACCUUAUGGUGUCUUACGACAUUUAGAGCAUCUCAUAGAGACUAAAGGGUCAGCUGUGCUCUGCGUGGCUGAAGGAGCAGGACAAGAUUUUGUAGAAAAGACGAAUUCGACGGAUGCAUCUGGGAAUGCGAGACUUGGAGACAUUGGUGUUUAUCUCCAACAGCAGAUUAAGAAACAUUUUAGGAGGAUUGAUGUUCCAGCUGAUGUUAAAUACAUUGAUCCCACUUAUAUGAUUCGAGCGUGUCGAGCAAAUGCAUCUGAUGCUGUUCUUUGCACUGUUCUUGGCCAGAAUGCUGUCCAUGGAGCAUUUGCAGGGUUCAGUGGAAUCACUGUUGGAAUAUGUAACAGCCACUACGUCUACUUACCAAUCCCGGAAGUGAUCGCCUCUCCAAGAGUCGUCGAUCCAGACAGCCGGAUGUGGCACCGGUGCCUGACUUCCACCGGCCAGCCGGACUUCAACUGAUUCUCUCAUACCACAAUUUUCCAUUUCAAGCUUCUUUCAACUGCAUAGAGCCAGUGUCAAACAAAAAAUUCUCAUUUUUCCCCUUGCCCAUUUGUAAUUUCUUCAUUUUUUCGCCAUGUCAAAUGCGGAUCUUGGUUGAAGGGUCCAACAAUUUUGUGUAUCAUGUCACAUUAAGUUCCGAACAAAACUUAGGUAUUGUUUGUUUUUCCUUUUUACAUUUUUUGAUAAAAGCAAUUUACUUUUAGAUCU